CUGAAAAUAGCUAUAAAAAAAGUAGCAAUACACAAUAUUUAUCAUAAAAUACACUUAGUAUUAAAGGUUGACAUGCUGUCUUCGCUCAGGAUCGUUUUUAUUAUGAAAUGAUUUAUCAAUAAAUUCAAAUUCAAUACAUACACUACAGUGUCUUACUCAAUGACGAGGUACACUUGACGUCUUGACCAGGCCUAGUCAACUUAUAGCUGUGAAUUCGAUGACUUUGAUAUUAGUUCAGAAGAGAAACAAUCGCUACGCUAGGGUCGUAUCUCAUGGAACAACUGACUAAAAUUUAGCAUUUAUGUUCGUUUACUCCAUGACAGAAGAAUUUUAUAACCUCAUAAAAGUGAAAUAUCAAAACAUCGCAUUUUGCUCCACCGCGUUCUCGAGUUUUGACUUCUCUUGCGAUUUUCACGUUUUUACCAAGUUUUACCAAAUUUCUUUGCAUUUUCAAUAUUAUAUUUUGUUGUUACAUAAUUUUUGAAUUAUGCCAUCCAACAAAUGCUGUGUGUUGGGCUGUGAAAGUGGUAAUUCGGUUAAAAAACAUGUUUUUCCUACGGAAGACAAUGACUUUGCCACUUGGGUUUCAAGAACUGGAAACGUAAAAUUGGAGGCUCUUUCCAAGUCGGAUGUGAGGAAAACAUACUUGAUAUGUACCAAACAUUUCAAUAGUUCCAACUACAGUUGUGGAACUUUUCGACUGAAGAAGGGUUCAUUGCCUACCGUUUCAUUACCAUCUAUAAAUUCACCCAAGACUCCAUUAGAUGGCCCUGAACAUCCAUUUUUAAAUGAGUCAAUUGAAUUUGUGGAUGUUAGUAGUUCGUCACCAUUGGAUUUACCUAUUAACGAUUCACCAUUAGGUAAGAAUUAAUAUACAGGGUUAA